AUGAAACUACUACAGUUGACGUUCGAAUUUCUGGCAGCGGUGGUUUCGGCGCGAUUCGCAGUUUCGAUUGCGCAGUCUGGACUACAUGACGGUACAGAAUUAGUGCGUCAUUUUCUGAUCGAAACAACGUCGAAAGGUGUGAAACUAAAGGGCUGCAGCAACGAACCGGUGUUCGGAAGUCUGGCUGCUCUGGUGUAUCAGCAUUCGAUCACACCACUUGCCCUGCCGUGUAAGCUGAUUCUCCCCGAUUACGACCCAGUGUCCGCAGUCGAGAACAUCACCAGUGGCCAAGCUCUUUUGGAACAGGGCGCAGCUUGCAACGUCAUCUAUUUGUACUCGCUGGACACCGAGUGCCUGACCGGCCGCGAGGCGCUUCGCAGGACAGUCGACGAGGCAUUGCUGCUUGCGUCGCAGAAAAAGCUGGACCCGGUCAGUGUUCACUUUAAAGUGUCUUCAUUGGGCAUCACUGUCACCGACAACACGCGAAAGUUGUUCUUCCGGCGCCAUUACGCGGUCAACUCCGUCACCUACUGCGACAUCGACCCGGAACACAGAUCGUGGUCGGCCACCGGUACCAGAACUGCGGAAAUCUUCGGUUUCAUCGCUCGGAAGUCUGUCAGCACUCCAGGCAACGCCUGCCAUGUUUUCGCCGAGCUUGAACCGAAGCAGCCGGCGACGGCGAUUGUCAACUUCGUUACAAAGGUGAUGAUGGCUCCCAACCGAACUCAGAACUGCUCCCAGUAG